GUUUGACCGCCUUCAAUACGGAGUCAACAACAAUUUAUCUCUGCCAAUAGUACUACACAUCUGUGCAAAAGGUCAUACACUAAUAAGCACAAAGCAUACAUAUGCUCUUUAUCCCUUCUAUUCCUCUCCCCUCCUACCCUUCUGAUGGUUGGGACACUACAUGAUCUCACAGUGUCCAUCUCUACGAUAAGUGACCUCGACAAUGUUCGUGCCAAAAGCUGCGAUUUCGUCAGCAGCCUCCUUACGCAAUCCUCGAAGACGGCAACGUACAAGCUCCGAUGAAUCGGUCAACCCACCCAAAGCUAAAAGGCAACGGUCUAGUCUGCGUCAUGAUGAUUCAGAAUUCAAUUCAGAUAAUCAAGGCGAGCUGCACGAGCCUUGGGAUCGUCGAACAUCUAUUGCUUCUGAAGAGCUUGGCCGCAAAAUGGUAGACAGUCCUACAUUUCAAGAGAACAUGCCAAUUAGAGGCCUCAAGAAGCCAGAGAGACGGGGUGAGAGUGACGGAACCAUUGUGCUUUCCCAAACCGACUUCUACAAUGUUUUGCAAUUACCAACCUUGCCGGAUCAGAUCCGCGGCCUACAAUCAGGAUCGUUCAGAUGCUUCUUUGGUAGUAGCAAUGGCUACGCUGUAGCCAUGACAUACUCACAUGCAAUCAUCUGGCCAUACUCGACCGCAGCCUCUUCACCCUCUCCUACUGAUGUAUUUAGUCUUCCUAUACCCGAAUCUUGUAGAGAGCCUAAUGGGCCAGUUCCUCUUGGAAUCAUUUUAUCUACUGUUGCGGCCGGGGUCCCAGGAUUGAUGGUUAUCACACCUAAUACAGGGAAGAUCGUAUACUGGGAAACAGUCUCAAGUGCCGCAGCAUUGGGUCUAGCCAGGCAGAAACACAAGGCAAUCCAGGGUUGCAUACCAAACUUGCUCUCAGGCGAACAUGUUACGGAUCUCGUGAAUGGCGAGCCUGCUGGUGUCAUCGUCACAUUAUCGUCUGGAAGAGUCGCUCAUAUAACUGUUCGGGAUCCGCAAGGAAAGCCAGCAGUGACUGUGAACUUCCUUCGGAAUACGUCAGGACUUGGGAGAAUGGGGUUUUUCGGCGGUAUUAGAAACGUCCUAGGUGGAGGAUUCUCAAGAAAAGACCUUGCUGCCGUCAGAGCUGGUGACUCCCAUCAACGAGGGCAGCGGGACAUCAUAAUCGCCACAUCAGGUGGUCUCUUCGAGAUUUGGGACACGCAUUGGAAUAACGGGAGUAUAUUGAAGAAACAAUAUGAUAUAACAAAUGAUUUAUGCGACUUCUUUGGCACAGAAUAUUCGAACGGAUCUGACAACUCUGCGAUCAAGAUUUUGGAUUUUUCACUUUUGCCGGUUGAAAGCAAUGAUCGCGACCUACGGGCUAACGGACCAGAACCGUCCUGGCAUAUAUCGCUUCUUGUAGCUCCAUACGGGAUUAUUUCGCAAAGUGUCUGCCUUGUGCAAAUUGAUCUAGCCGAGAAAGUUCUUAUCCUGUCCAGCCACUCUAUUGAGUUGCAUGAAGUCCCUGCAGGUCUAGGUUCGAAGCCGAAAUUAUUUCUUCCCAAGCCCGGCGAUACAGCGUUCAUUGUGAUGGAUCACUCUGUUGUAUUGUUAUCGUCGAUAUCAAGCAAAGACCAGUCCACGCAACAUGGACAGCCGCAGCUUCUCCAAGACACCAUCAACUUCCGAUCAGGGAAAGCCUAUGAAAUACUAGGCUGUGGCAUGGAGGACAAUACCGAUGACUACUCAUGCUCAACAUGUUUGAUAAUGGUCCGAGAUUUUGGUAUCAUCCGCAUUACGGCAUUACCGCGCCAAAACCCGUAUUCAGUCUCUGAAGAGGUUCGAAUUACCGCCAAGCACAAGAUUGAACAAGCCAUAUUCUAUGGCACCAUGCUCGGAAAUCCACUGAAUCUAACUAACAAAGGCAGUCUGGAUUUCCCUGUUAAAGAUAUCGAGCAAGCUGCGUUGGAUAUUUGCCAAGAAUUGCUGAAAUCCACGUCAAGGUUCAUUCCAACGACAGGAAUCUCUUUAGAACAAAAUCUACGAUCGAGGGCAAAAGCUCUGGAUGAUCUGGCAUAUCUUUUGGUGCAACAAAAUAAGUCGUUGAGCCAACAGACUUGGUGGGAAUUGUUAUGGGGUGCUGAGAAACUCGCAGCCCAAAGAGCUAUGUGGAAGAUAGAGGAGAAUUCUAGAAAAAUCAAGGGGAAGGGACCGACGUUUUUGGCCCACGUCAUCGAUUCGAUGAGCGACAAAUUCAAAACGCAAGUCGCGAAGCAAGAAGGUGAAAUUGACUUCGUCCGCAACUGGUUUCUAUACGAUACAUUUCGAAUGGGGCAUAUCGUUCCGUGGAUAUACAAUACCAUUAAGCCACAGAAGGGGCACUCUUCAAGACAGGGACGAAAGAUCUCAGAACAAAUACUGGAAGCAAGUGAGCUUUCUUUAGCUGUUUUAGAGACUGCAUUUCGAUACCGCGAUGAACACUCCAGUCAGUAUGGUAUUUGUGACGGAUAUCUCGAAGACGGCGUACUGGUAACUGGUUUUAAAGACCUUCCUGAAUUCUGGACAUCUCAAAGUUUUAGCUACGUUGAGAUGGGUCAUCUGUUGGAUCUAGAACUCGAUAGUUGCAGGGCUUGGAUCCAACAAACAAUAUCCGUUACCGAAGCUCCUGAGAGCCUGAUAGUGAAGAGAAUUGCAGGAAAUAGUGCCAGGCAGCUUUAUGUCCUAGGCCAAAUGCAUCGCGAGCGGGUCCGAUGGCUCUCUGCUCAGGACGAUCCAAAAUUGGUCGAUGAGAGUAUUGCUAAUGAACAGGCCCAUGCUAAACAACGCAAAUGGCAGCUGUUUAAACUGGCGGGUAUUGGACGUCUAGAGGAUGCCAUUACAUUGGCCGAGAGUUUUCGAGACAUGAGUGCAUUGGUAGAACUCAUCAUUGAACUUCAAGAUCAAACAAAAUGCGAAAUCUUCCCGCAAAAUUCGCUUCACGGUUCAUCAGAUACUACCAGUUACGAAUCCGAUCAUCUCAACAGAAAAAUAUCACAUUAUUUCGACAAAUUCGGUGAAUCAUGGGCAGAUGCUUUCUUUUCUCGGCAAAUAUCGAUGCAUCAGUCGGGAAUACUUUUUGCGAUGAGGAAAUUCCAGCCUUUUAUCACUCAAUUCUUACGAAGGGACGCAGCCUAUUCCAGAUUAGGUUGGAUAAAUGACGUGAUUGGUGAGAAUGAUUAUAAUGCUGCUGCCCAGUCGUUGGAGAAACUGGCUAUAGGGGGUGAAUCCGAUUUAUGGAGUCAUCGUGUCGAACUAUCUUUGGCAAAACUUGCCAAACUAGCAACAUGGGAAGGGGCCAAUACACCAAGUCAUUCAGCUCUACACAGUGACAUACGACAUUUGGAAGAUCUUUCGGAAAUAGAUGCCGUUCAAGAAGUCAUUUACGCCUGUAUCUCCCCAGCGUUGCAAGGUGCAAUCGAUCAAAAGGCCGAGAUCGACCUAGCAAUUGAACACUUUGGGAAGUUGAUUGCUGAAGACAGGCCUUCCCUACGUGAACUGCUUAGUGAAACUCUCGCAAGAGUCGUCACUAGGCAAGUCAUUGAUGUUAAUCAACUAGUCGAUUUAUUAACAUUAAUGGAUGCUACCCAAGCACCGGAAUACAGCCAAUCAGAAUUAUCCGGGAAAGAGUUCUAUCUGGCCUUGCGUGUCAUUUGUCUCGGAGCUUGUGCUCAACAAGAUUCAAUCGACCAUGUGGCUCUGCAGAAACUAGUGUGGCGAAGAUGUAUGAUAAAAGACAACUGGGUGGCUAUAGGAAAAGCGUCUGAGAACGUGGAGAAUGUACGUGAGCCAUAUCUUUAUGAUACGGCCCUUUUCCGUACUUUGGGUCUAUGCCUCAGAGACAGGCUUAAUGAAGACGCCAGUUACACAUCCCUGUACAUUCCUAGUUCACCAGACGAUGUGUUAUUAACUGGAUCAGAUUCCGAACUUCUUUCGGCACGUUUCCGUUUAGAACAGCGGUCACGUAUCGUUCAUGAUCUUGAGAGGGAGAAUGAUACUUUGUGUGAACAUGUGGAAAAGGGAAACCUUGACUUCUGGUUUAAGAAUCUUCUAGCCUCCGCGGAGGAGUCUGCAUCAUCUACAGUCCCUGGCAUUACUUGUGAAGAAUCCAGCCACGACAACCAGGUCGGAGAACUGUCCCCGCAGCAAAAAGAAUCGAAUAAGGCGCGGUUGAGCUGGCUUUAACCCUUUGGUUGCCGCACCGCUAUCCGGGUCUGCGGAGUAGUUGUCACUCGGGGUUCUCUUACGGUACUAGUUAUUCUGGACUAUCGCAAACUAGAGCUGUUAUAGCCAGCUAUCGUGCUCCUACACCUUUUCCAUGUAAUCCGACAGGGAGCAGAGGGUGAAGUUGCUUACCCCGCAGUCUUCGUAUAUCUUUGUUCAGUAUCUGAUCGUCCAUCGUUUCUUUGUUACGUUAGACAUUCUGAAUAUAGCAUUUGCUAUAGGUCUAAAAACUCGUAAC